AAUUUUUCAAUAAAUAACAAGUGAUAGAUAUUUAUACACUUAUUUUCAAGUGUAACGUAAAUUUAUUAAGUAAGAAAAUUAGAAUGUUGUUUGAAAAAAAAAUGUAUAACAUUAUUUUUAUUGUGUUCAUUUUCAUUUGUGCUGGGAAUGCGGAGAAAAUAAAUGAAACUGAUGGACUUAUUAAUCUUCUCCGAAGAAUGAAAAGGAAAGUUACUGUCGAGGCAAAUUUUGACAAAUUAAUAGAUGAAAAUUUACCAAAAAUUCGUGGUUCCAUAAUUUCGAGUGGUAUGGAUCCACUAGAAUUGGAUGACACUACAAUUCCAGUAAUAGGUUUGCCAGGAAUUUUUAAAGGAAAAAUUUCUUUAACUGACGGUUGGCUACAACAAUUGUCUCACAUUGAAAGAAUUGGAAAUUCACACCUGACUUAUUCAGACAAAAAACUAACCAUAGAAAUGAAUUUAGGAUGGCAAAAUUUAUCAUUUGAUUAUCGAUAUCUCUUUGAAUAUUUAUUGUACAAAAGAAAAGGAAAUAUUCACGGAGUUGUAACCAAAGCUGAUAUCUACUUUAAAAUCAUGGUUGACUUUGAAACAACAGAAGUUAAAUUAGAAAAAGUGAAAUUCAAAAAUUCUGGCAAGUAUGACUUACAGUUUGAAGGACAUAUUAUAGAUCCAAUUCUCAAUACUGUUGUCAAAGUUGUAUCGAAUUUUUCCAAAGAUUUUAUCACACGGAAAUUGCAGAAAAUUUUCUACUCUAUUGCCGAUUUGGAAAUUAAGGAAAUUAAUAAAAAUUUAAAAGCAAUCCUAGAAGGAUAUCAAAAUAUUUAUUAUUAAUUGUUUACUAUAAUGUAAUAGUUUAAGUAUUAGGUGAAAUAAAGAAUAUUUUUCAAUUUAUGGAAAA